CGAUGUGCGGUUUGCGGCGUCAUCCGUGAGGCCACGAACCCGGCGUCCACGCGGCCCGUUUGCGACAUCGACGAACCUUCUCUCGCACUGCCCUUCUCCUCCGCCUCCUCCUAUAUACACCCCUCAGCCGCCGCGCCUCUUUCUCAAUUCGCUCUCUUCCUAAUACUCCCUUUCAUUUCUCGUCUUGGAUGCACCGCUGUUCAUGGGCUCUUGCUUCUCCUCCAGCUCCGGCGAUAGUUCUCAGCCCACGGCCAAAGUCGUCACCUCCGACGGCUCUCUGAAAGAGUACUCUGCACCGGUCCCGGCCUCCGACGUCCUCGGCGAAGACUGCCGGUCUUUUUUCAUCUGUAGCGCCGAUAGGCUCUACUUCGACGCUCACGUUCCGGCGUUGGGCGCCGAUGAGCGGCUCCAAUUGGACCAGAUAUACUUCGUGCUUCCGAACGCGAAGCUGCAGCACCCGUUGACGAGGCUCGACAUGGCGGCCCUGGCGGUGAAGGCUAGCUCGGCGCUCGCAGUUGCCUCGAGGAAGCGCGGCAAAGGCCGGAGGAUUCGAGUCAUGCCCGUCGCGGAGGUCUGCGAGGAAGUCGGAGAUGGAUAUGUUGAUGGAUUCAAGAGAUGGGAUGGUGCUAAGGUUGAAAUUUUGGCGGAGAGAUCGGUGGUCAUGGAGAAGAAGGUGGGAAAAGGGUUUUCCAUGCGGGGUGGAAUGAGACCUCCGCGUUAUAGGGGAAAUUGAGCAACAAUUGAGGAGGGUCAUGAGUGAAAUGUUUCUCCUCUUUUUUUUUUUUUUAAAUCUUGUUGUUUACAUGUAAAGAGAGAAAAUGAUAUUGGGUUAUUUAUUUCCAUCUUCUAUAUAUGGUGUUGCUGGUUGCAACUUCGUUAUUUUAGUCAGA